GAGUGCCCGGGACGGGGGGACCGAGGGUCGGCGAAUGCCCGGUCCGGGUGCCCGCAUCGCGGCUGCCCCGGGCUCGGGGGGUGACCUGGGGGCCGGGGAUGCCCCGCGGUUCGGGGGUGACCGCCUUGGAGGUGUCCGGCGGUCGGGGAAGUCGGGGGUUGCCCCGAGGCCGAGGGUUGUCCGGGGAUCGGGGGGGUCCGGGGAUCGGGGGGGCCCGGGGUCCGGGGGUGCCCGGGGUCGGGGGCUGCCCCGGGUGCCGGCGCUGCCCAUGCCCUCCUGCCCCCCCCAAAAGGUGUGCGGGAGCUGCUCGGGGCCGCCGCGGAACGGCUCCAUUGUGUCCCGGUUCUGUGAGUCCCGGGGAGACACCGAGAACGACGGGCGCUGCUGCCGGGAGAGGGGCCCCCCCCCGGGGCGGCUGCUGGGGCUGGACCUGAGCAACUGCUCCCUGCACAGUGUCCCCCCGGAACUGGCCGAGGCCACCGCUGCCAUCGUCCUGGACCUGACUGAGAACCCGCUGACGUCCCUCCCCAACGACUCCUUCCUGGGCUUCACCCACCUGCAGCUCCUCGCGGUGCCGCCGGCGCUGGAGUGUCCGGGCGGGAGUGACGCCUGGCAGGAUGUGACAGUGGACGGGAGCAUCCGGCAGUGCCGGGGCCAGAAAAACGCCUGCAAUGGCUCCGUGGAGCUCGCCUGGCUGUGUCCCGAAAACUCUGCGUGUGCCCCCGAUGGCCCCGGCCUCGUCCAGUGCCUCUGUGACAGCCCCUUCCACAGCUACAAGUGCCUGCGCGAGGGCACGUUCCCGGUACUGCUCUUCAGUGGGAUCCUGGGCACUGCCACCAUAUCCCUGUCCCUGCUGCUGUGGGGCACCCAGCGGAGGAAGGCCAAGACCCCCUGAGUGGGGCAGGGGGCUGUGGAUGGGCAGGGGACCCCCUGGCCUGGGGGUCUCUGUGCCCAGGCCUGGCUGUCCCUGUGGCUACCAGGGAUCAAUAAAGCCACAGGUUCUCACCGUG